AUGUCGCUUCAGCCUGUCGCCCUCUAUGGCCUGGAGGUUCCUCCUGGCGAGAUCCUCAUUCCCGCCGCUGCCGAGUUCCCUGCCACUUUCCGCAUCACCAUGGCUGCCAUUGAUCCCACCGAGGCGCCCGAGGCCGACAGCGAGGGUAACAUCCCCGCCGUCCCCCGCUCUACUCUUCGCCUGGUCAAGCAGCGCCUCGGCGACGAAGGUGCCGACGAGGACGAUGACGAGAUCGACGAGGAGUACAUGAAGGCUCUUAUCGCCGCCAACGACGACGACGAGGACUCUGACGACGACGAGGAGCCCAACGGCGGCCCCAGCGACCCUUCCAAGUCCAAGAAGCAGAGACAGGCCGAUGCCCUCAAGAAGCUGAUCGAGGCUGCUGAGGCGGAGGAAGACUCUGACGAGGAGAUGGACGACGCCAAGCCCAACGGCAAGGCCAGCAAGAAGGGCAAGGGCAAGGCCUCCGAUGAGGAUGACGAUGAGGACGACGAGGACGAAAGCGAUGACGAGGAGGGUCUCGACCUCGAGAACUUUGUCGUCUGCACUCUCGACACCGAGCGCCACUACCAGCAGCCUUUGGACAUCACCGUCUCCGAGGGCGAGAAGGUCUUCUUCGUCGUCUCUGGUACCCACACCGUCCACCUUACCGGUAACUAUGUUAUCGACGUCGAGGAGGGCUCCGAUGACGAGGACGAGGACGAGGAUGACGAGUACGACUUGUCUCCCGAUGAGCUUGAGUACGCUAUGGGCGAGGUGAGUGACGAGGACAGUGAUGACCUCGACGACACCGCUGACCCCCGCGUCAUGGAGGUCGAUUCCGAUGAGGAGGAGAUCCCUAAGCUCGUUGAGGCCAAGAAGGGCAAGAAGCGUGCUGCCGAGAGCCUCGACGACCUGAUCGCCGAGAGCAAGGACGACUCUAAGCUCUCCAAGAAGGACAAGAAGAAGCUCAAGAACAACAAGGGCGAGGCUGUCGCUUCCGAGGAGAAGUCUACCCCCAAGUCCGACAAGAAGGUUCAGUUCGCCAAGAAUCUCGAGCAGGGCCCCACCGGCUCUGCUGAGAAGGCCAAGCAGGCUGGCAAGGUCGGCGUCAAGGUGGUCCAGGGAGUCACCAUUGACGACCGCAAGGUCGGCUCUGGCCGUGCUGUCAAGAACGGUGACACCGUCGGUGUCCGUUACAUUGGCAAGCUCGACGACGGCAAGGUCUUCGAUGCCAACAAGAAGGGCAAGCCUUUCUCUUUCAAGGCCGGUAAGGGCCAGGUCAUCAAGGGCUGGGACGUCGGUAUCCUGGGCAUGACCAUCGGCGGCGAGCGUCGUCUGACCAUCCCCGCCCACCUUGCCUACGGCUCCAAGGGUCUGCCUGGCAUCCCCGCCAACAGCACCUUGACCUUCGACGUCAAGCUCCUUGAGAUCAAGUAA